GUGAGUGAGCCCCUCGACUCUGAGAAUUAGAGGCGCGCCCCACAGCCCGCUCCGGACCGCAUCCAUCACACACAGGAAGGGGAUACGUUGUUUGAAGACCUGAAUGGCACAUUCUCAACACUCAGGAGUGACUUCUUGCCUGCGAGAGACCCUCAGAGGAGGAAGAAGAUGAGGAGUCAGGAAUAAAUCUUUAUCUGGAAAAGGGUUUAUCUAAAGAGGCAUUUCUUGAUACAUUUAUCUUGAUUGGGACCCAAGUUAAUCAGAUUUGUCCUUUGGAUUACAACACUGAUGAGGUUGCCAACUGCAUUAAAAGAGAGUUCACUAUCAAAAUGAUGCAUUUUCUAGAAAGAGAAAGAAGCUCUGAACUCUGGAAUGUUGUGUCAGCAUCCUCGAUAAAUAUUUGGUUUCACUGGAUUUUCCAUCUGUUUGGGUUCUGCUUUGCCUCCUGUUGCUUGGACUGUGUGUAAAUGAAAACCCAGAAGUCAGCUGGCAGCUGAGCUAGUUACAAUGGAAUCACAGGAAUCAGUGACCUUCAAGGAUGUAGCUGUAGACUUCACCCAGGAAGAGUGGGCCCUACUGGACACAUCCCAGAGGAAACUAUUCAGAGAUGUGAUGCUAGAGAACAUCAGUCAUCUGGUCUCAGUUGGCAAUCAGCUCUACAAAUCAGAUGUGAUUUCCCAUUUGGAGCAAGGAGAGCAACUUUCAAGAGAAGGGUUAGGUUUUCUGCAAGGCCAGAGUCCAGUCAUUUCAGGUAGAGAAGAUGAUCUGAGAAAACAGGAAAUGAUAUCCAUGCAACAUAUCUACAAGAAGGACACAUCUGUAAUCAGUGCAAUGCAGAGGUCUCACAGUCAAGAGGAUCCUUUGGAAUGCAAUGAUUUCAGAGAAAAAUUUACUGAAAUCUUAACAUUGACUCAAUAUGUGAUACCUCAAGUGGGAAAGAAACCCUUUAUCAGCCAAGAUUUUGGAAAAGCCAUCAGUUACUUGUCAUCCUUUAAUAUACAUAAGCAAAUGCAUGAGAGAAGUAAAUCAUAUGAAUGUCAUCAACGUACGAAUGCCUUUAUUCAAAAUUCUGCCCUUAGGCAGCACAAUAAUACUCAAACUGAAGAGAAAACAUUUGAAUGUCAUGUAUGUAGGAAAGCCUUCAGUAAAAGUUCUAACCUUAGACGACAUGAGAUGAUUCACACUGGAGUGAAACCACAUGGAUGUCAUCUGUGUGGGAAAUCCUUUACUCAUUGUUCUGACCUUAGAAAACAUGAAAGAAUUCACACUGGAGAGAAAUUAUAUGGAUGUCAUCUGUGUGGGAAAGCCUUCAGUAAAAGUUAUAACCUUAGGCGACAUGAGAUGAUUCACACUAGAGAGAAACCAAAUGAAUGUCAUCUGUGUGGGAAAGCCUUCACUCAUUGUUCUGACCUUAGAAAACAUGAGAGAACUCACUUUGGAGAGAAACCAUAUGGAUGCCAUCUAUGUGGGAAGACAUUCAGUAAAAUUUCUUACCUUAGACAACAUGAGAGAACUCACAAUGGAGAGAAACCAUAUGAAUGUCAUCUAUGUGGGAAGGCCUUCACUCAUUGUUCUCACCUUAGAAAACAUGAGAGAACUCAUACUGGAGAGAAACCAUAUGAAUGUCAUCUAUGUGGAAAAGCCUUCACUGAGUCUUCUGUCCUUAGACGACAUGAGAGAACUCACACUGGAGAGAAACCAUAUGAAUGUCAUCUGUGUUGGAAAGCCUUCACUGAUUCCUCUGUCCUUAAGCGACACAAGAGAACUCACACUGGAGAAAAACCAUAUGAAUGUCACCUAUGUGGGAAAGCCUUCAAUCACUCUUCUGUCCUUAGACGACAUGAAAGAACUCACACUGGUGAGAAACCAUAUGAAUGCAAUAUAUGUGGUAAAGCCUUCAAUAGAAGUUAUAACUUUAGAUUGCAUAAGAGAAUUCACACUGGAGAGAAACCGCAUAAAUGUUAUCUAUGUGGGAAAGCCUUCAGUAAAUAUUUUAACCUUAAACAACACGAGAGAACUCAUGCUGUAAAGGUAGUAAAUGUGGAAGAUUCACCACCCAUAGCUUCAAAGUAUAAACACUAUUGUGGGCUCACACAGUGAAGAAAUACUAUGUUUAUAUUCAAUGUAUAACAGCCUUUAUUCGUCCUUAUUACUCCACUCAAUUAAAGUUAAUACAGGGCUUCCCUGGUGGUGCAGUGGUUGGGAGUCCGCCUGCUGGUGCAGGGGAUACGGGUUCGUGCCCCGGUCCGGGAGGAUCCCACAUGCCGUGGAGCGUCUGGGCCCAUGAGCCAUGGCCGCAGAGCCUGCGCGUCCGGAGCCUGUGCUCCGCAACGGGAGAGGCCACAGCGGUGAGAGGCCCGCGUACCGCAAAAAAAAAAAAGUUAAUACAAAGUGGAGAGAAUCCAUAUGUAUGUCACCUAUGUAACAAAACAUUUAGCAGUGGACUCAGGUGGGAGAACUGAAACUACAAAUGGAAUGAAUGUGGUAGAAUCUUCAUCCUCAGCUGUGACUGUUAAACUAAAUGGAUAAAUCACAUGUCAGAGAAAUUCUAUGUCUGUAAUCAGUGUGGAAAUGCCUUGAGUUAUAAAUUAUCCUUUAAAUAAAUAAGUAAACCGCACA